AUGAGCGCAUCGAACGUUCUAGAUACCCAAAAUGCCUUUAACUCAGGCCCAGAGUUCACUGCUUUAUUCGCGACGAGCGUGCUGGUCGGCGCUGCUCUUGCGGUCAGAACAGGAAACGAGUUGAAGAGUAUUGGCCUUCGUUUAGGGGAAAUUCGCGAUGAGCUCGGGGCCCAGACAACGGCUAAAGUGCAAGGUUGGGAGACACAGGGAUUCGGUGCCUUUAUUUACUGGUUCCUAGAAGACGAUAUCAACGACCACGGUGGCGAAGCGUCGAUUGGUCGUCACGCAUUUUACGUGUAUAACCCAACUACGAGCGCCAACGUCUUAUUCAAAAAGAUGGUCCGCGAGAAGCCAUUACCUGCUUCGUUUGGUGGGUUCAGCUCUGAUAUAGAAGGGGUAAUUCAUUUGAUGUGGGGAAAUCGACAGUCUCUCAAUAGGAAGGUCGGAAGGGAAAAUGCAGACAAGGUUCGAUUCCAUCUCCUUAUUCCCGCCAAAAGGACCUUUGUCACAUCUGAACCGAUGGCAAUUGAUCACGGAAUUGGGAAACUUAUUAUUAAGGGUCAUAAGGAGGACGGCAUCUGCUAUCUUUGA